UUUGGCCCUCCAAAAAGCUUGAAUAAUUAAAAAAAAAAAUCAGCUGAUUUUGUGAAGGAUUGAUUUUAAUGGUCACUCCAUGACUUUGGUAUUUAUAUUUAUUUAGUGAAAUACACAAUCUGCAUAGAAACAAAACCCAAUUUUUUGUCCCAAAUUGUUUUUUUGAAAUUAUGCAAAUAUUAGGUCUAAUUCCUAGAAUUUUAUGCCACAAUAAACGACCCGCAUGGAAAGAAAUUAUUUAUUUGUUCUCAAGGCACAUGUUUUUAAUCAGAAAACAAACACCUUUCUACAUGAGAUACACGCAAAACAAAUAUGCUAACCCUCAUGAGCCAAAAAUUAUGAUCCAAUAAACCAUCUUUCGCCUCAUGAUAAGCCCGAAAGGAGGAGAUUUCGCGUAUAAAAGCGGUUUGAGCAGGUCACUGUCACCAUCAGUCUUCAUCACCCGGGAAAAUGGCUCUCUCUAAAGUUCUACUAGUUCUGUGCCUCAUCGCCGCCAUCGGCUCCAUCUCCGGGCUCAGCAUCACGGACAAGAUUCAGGAAGCGCUGGUGUCCGCCAUCCGAUCGCGUGCCCGCUCCUGGGUCGCCCAGGUGUACGAUCGGCCAGAAGAGUUUGGCGUGAUGAAAAUGAGCCUCGGGCUGAACGAGUCUGAACUCAACAGUCUGCCACGGCUGCAGAAUCAACGCUCGGUUCGCGCCCUGCCGGCGAGCUUUGACGCGCGCCAAAAGUGGCCUUACUGCCCAUCGCUGAACCAAAUCCGCAGCCAGGGAUCUUGUGGAUCGUGCUACGCCGUGUCGACAGCUGCGGUCAUUACCGAUCGUUACUGCAUCCACUCCGGGGGUGAACGGCAGUUCUACUUUGGAUCAACGGGCUACCUGUCCUGCUGUACGGACUGUUACAAGUGUGACGGUGGCUACGUGUUCAAAACUUUUGAUUACUGGGUGGAGUACGGCCUCACCAGCGGGGGACCGUACCAUUCUGGGCAGGGUUGUAAGCCGUACCCGUUUGGCGGCGCUACCCAGGACGUGAAUAUCGUUCUGAAAUGCGAUCGCCAGUGCCAGGCCGGAUAUCCGCUGACCUACAGCCAGGACCUCAAGUAUGGAGCCAGUUCGUACAUUCUCCCAUGGGGAGACGAAAAUGCGAUGAAAGCCGAGAUCUAUCAGAACGGUCCGAUUGUUACGUCCUUUGAUGUGUAUGGCGAUUUCUUCCAGUACAGGAGCGGAGUGUAUCGACACGUUACGGGUGCAUACAAAGGUAGUCACGCGGUUCGAGUCAUUGGAUGGGGCGUUGAGAACGGAGUCAAGUACUGGCUGUGUGCCAACUCGUGGAAUGAGCGAUGGGGCGAAAAUGGCUUCUUUAAGAUUGUCCGUGGCGAGAAUCAUGUGGGAGUCGAGGACAUUAGCUAUGCUGGACUGCCCAAGUAUUAGAAAGGGGAUAAGAUUGUAACUCACAAAAGUAGUGAAUAAAGUUUGGAAUGAUUAAAUCAGC